AUGGGCAAAGCCUUGGCCUCAAUUCGCGAAGAAGACAAGAGUCAAUAUGGCGAUGGCAACCCCUGGUCGGAGGAAGCAGAUGCUAAGAGAGAACGAGCGCCUGCGACGGCACCCUCGCCCCUCGUUGGUGGCAAGCGACGUAAGACUGUCGCCAUAGUAGUCUCUGCCGAUACUCAGAUUGGACCUGAGGAUGACGACCCAUUCCACGAGCACGCGUCUAUCUUGUCGCACAUUCCCCGACACAACGACUUUUCCAAGGUCAAGGUCUUUGUUUUGAUCUACGCUCCAGGUCUGAAGGACACUGCAGUGGAUACUGCUACGAGUAACCUUCCACCAGCUUCACUCAGCUCUUCAUUUUCUAACAUCGGACACGAUCAAGCUCAAACUCCUGGCGAGGAAGUGAAGAACCCUAUGUCUUCUGGAAGCCCUGGGUUCAACUCUGUUUACUCGCAGGCUUUGGCUCUGGUUGAGAAGGAGACUAUGGUUCUCCCUUUCACCACGCCCAAUGGCCAUGUUCACAUCCUCCGUCAUCUCCAGCCAGAGGUCAUCUACCUUCAGAAGGCCCUGUCUGGAGAAGACGGCAGCACCAUCACAACUCUUCAGACCUGGCUUCGUCACGAUGUCAUCCUCGUUGUCGGGGCUGACGGUGGCUCUGGUGGUCUGGCAGAUAGUGAGUCGGAAGCUGAGAGAGCUGGAAAGAGUCAGGAGUGGUGGCAGAGGCCUGAGAGAGUUGGCCGAGGACGCGGUGUCGUGGUUGUCGAUAGCACCAGGCUAAACGACGACUGGGCACGCCGCGUUCAGGGCCAGGAGUGA